AUGUUGGACAAUUCUGUGGACAAUGGAAAUCAAACGUUGGUAAGAAGUUUUAUUCUUCUGCGGCUGUCAGAUAUUUUUGAACUUCAGAUUGUUUUCUUCUUGAUGUUUUUGAUGAUGUACGUGAUAACCCUAUCAGGAAACGUCCUGCUGAUAACUGUUGUUACUCUCAACCGCAGACUUCAGACCCCCAUGUACUUUUUCUUGAGUAACCUCUCAAUAAUUGACAUCUGCUUUUCCUCAACAGUAGUCCCUAAAAUUUUAUUAAACACAAUAUCCAAGGACAGAAGUAUUUCCUUUGUGGGAUGUGUGACACAAAUGUAUUUUCAUUUGGCUCUUGGUGGCAGUGAAUGUCUUCUGCUUGCUGUCAUGGCAUAUGACAGAUAUACUGCUAUCUGUAAUCCAUUACAUUACAGAGCAAUCAUGGACUGGAGGCUGUGCAUAGGUCUGGUCACUGGAUGUUGGGUUAUAAGUUUUAUAAACUCAUUUAUUCUCACAUUUUUAACUUUUCAACUCCCCUACUGUAAGUCCAACCUUAUUAGUCACUUUUUCUGUGAAAUGCCUCCACUCCUUCGACUUUCUUGCCAAGAUAUAAGACUCAAUGAGUUAGCAGAGUACAUCUCCGGUGCUAUAGUUAUUCUUGGUUCAUUUUUGUUAAUUCUUUUAUCCUACCUAUGCAUUAUCAUAACUGUCUUAAAGAUCCGUACUAAUAAGCAACUGCAAAAGGUGUUCUCGACAUGUGGUUCCCACAUACUAGUUGUAUCUCUUUACUUUGGUACCAUUAUGUUUAUGCAUCUACACCCUAGAUCUGCUUCUUCUGCAGAGCAGGACAGAGUGGUGACCAUCCUCUACACAGUUGUGACUCCAAUGUUGAAUCCUAUCAUCUACAGUAUUAGGAACAAGGAUAUUAAAAAAGCCAUCAGAAAAGCAAUGCACAAUAAAACACAAUUUUAUUUCCAAAAUGUGAAAUUCAGUGCUUCGACAUUUGAUUGA